AUGAGUGUUAAUACUGUUCUUAUUUGUCUUACCUCUGUUAUCCUUCUCCCCUUGUUGCAACUCCCAUACGUCUCUGCCUCUGCUACGCCGCACAAUAAUGUUAGCAUUGGUGAGACCCUUAUUGCAGGUAAUGAGGGUGCGCAAUGGCUUUCUCCAUCAGGAGAGUUUGCAUUUGGUUUUCAUCUGCCUGAGAAUAAUACCCUUUUCUUGCUUGCCAUAAGGUACCAAAAUAUACCUCAUGCCUCUUUCAUUUGGUAUGCAAAUGGAGACAACCUUGCUCCUAAAGGCUCAAAACUUGAGCUUAGUGAAGACAGUGGGCUGGUGCUGAAAUCCCCUCAGGGUGUUCAGCUAUGGACAUCACAGCCCAUAUCAGGUACAAUUUCCUAUGGACUACUGAAUGACACAGGCAACUUCCAGCUUCUAGAUGAGAAUUCACAGAUGUUGUGGGACAGUUUCAGCAAUCCAACUGAUACCUUGGUGCCAUCUCAAAUCAUGGAGAUUGGAGGCACGCUUUCAUCGCGCCACAAAGAGACCAACUUCUCACGGGGAAGGUUCCAGUUUCGCUUGAUUACGGAGGGUACGGCUAAGCUUAAUCCUAUAAAUUUACCUACCAACCAUAUUUAUGAUUCUUACUACAUCAGUAGAACUGAUGACUCGACCAAUACAACAAACUCUGGUUUCCGAGUGAUGUUUGAUAAUUCAGGAUUUUAUGUAUUGAAGAGGAGCUAUGAGAGGUUUUAUAUUACCAAUCCAAAUGAUAUGCUCUCAACCGAUUCCUAUUACUAUAAAGCAACCAUAAAUUUUGAUGGAACUUUCACCAUAUCACGUUACCCGAAAAAUCCAGAUUCAAAUCCAAGCUGGACGGUUAUAAAGACAUUGCCAGACAACAUUUGCAUGGAUUUGCGAGAAAGUAGGGGUGGUAGUGGGGUCUGUGGAUUCAAUAGUAUCUGCACUCUCGAACCUGAUCAAAGACCGAAGUGCACUUGUCCAGAAGGCUAUUCUCUUCUUGAUUCAACGGAUGAGUAUGGAAGCUGCAGACCAAAUUUGGAACUCGGUUGCGGAGAAAGUGGACAAAACUUGCAAGAACAUAUGUACUUCAUGAAGGAAAUGGCGAGUACUGAUUGGCCGGAAUCAGAUUAUGAAGUGUAUGAACCUUACAAUUCAGAAGACUGCAAGACUUCUUGCUUGCAAGAUUGCUUAUGUGCUGUUUCUAUUUUUAGAAGUGAUAGCUGUUGGAAGAAGAAGCUGCCUCUAUCCAAUGGAAGACGGGAUGGAGAAGUUGGGGGAUCUGCUUUCAUUAAGUUGAGGAAAAAUGAUGCUUCGCUAGCUAGUCCUUCAAAUCCGUUCAUAGAAGAGAAGGAAAUUGGAAAGGAUCAAGAAACAUUGAUAACUGUGAUAUCAGUCCUUCUAGGAAGUUCUGUCUUUGUGAAUCUCAUGGUGGUCAGUGCUGUAUGUAUUGGUUUCCACUUCUGUUACAACAAGAGAAGUUCUACCAAUGAUACUGUUGCGGGGAGCAAUUUGCGCCGUUUCACCUUUAGAGAGAUUGUGCAAGCAACAGAUAACUUCAAAGAAGAAUUGGGAAGGGGGUCUUGUGCCAUUGUCUUUAAAGGAACAACAGAUUUAUCUACUAUUGCGGUCAAGAAACUACACAAGGUGCUCAAAGAAAGCGAUAAGGAAUUCAAAACAGAAGUGAAUGUGAUAGGUCAAACUCAUCACAAAAACUUGGUUCGCCUGAUUGGAUACUGUGAUGAGGUAGAAAACCGGAUUCUGGUGUAUGAAUUUUUGAGCAAUGGCACCUUAGCAAAUUUUCUUUUCGGGGAUUUCAAACCAAAUUGGAACCAAAGAGUCCAGAUUGCUUUUGGGAUAUCAAGAGGGCUGGUUUACUUGCACGAGGAAUGCUGCACCCAGAUCAUCCAUUGUGACAUAAAGCCUCAAAAUAUACUUCUAGAUGAGUAUUACAAUGCAAGAAUAUCAGAUUUUGGGUUGUCAAAGCUGCUAAUGAUUAAUCAAAGCCGCACAGAAACUGACAUUCGAGGAACAAAAGGGUAUGUUGCACCAGACUGGUUCAGGAGUGCACCAAUCACAGCCAAGGUUGAUGUCUACAGUUUUGGUGUGCUGCUUCUGGAGAUAAUUUGUUGCAGGAAAAAUGUAGAUGGUGAAUUGGAGAAUGAAGAGAAGGCCAUUUUAACUGACUGGGCCUGCGACUGCUAUACGGCUGGAAGAAUUGACAUUCUGGUUGAAAAUGAUGAGGAGGCUAUCAAUGACAUCAAUAGGUUGGAAAGGUUUGUGAUGAUAGCUAUUUGGUGCCUUCAAGAGGAUCCCUCUCUCAGGCCAAGUAUGAAGAAGGUGAUGCUGAUGCUGGAAGGAAUAGCUCCAGUCACAAUUCCACCUAGUCCCUGCCCAUAUGAUACCUCUGUGGCUGUUAGUUGCGGUUGA